AUGUCUCAACUUCCUCAGCUAAAGAGCUCACCGGUCAAUAACAAGAAGUCAACGACAGAGCGAUUCUCAACUUCAACGCGGACUAUCCCAGCCAACGAAGACUACAUACAGCUUAUCAAAGAGAUGAGGAGUCAAUUUGUGGGCCCUAUGCCCCCAAACACGUUUCUCAGAACUUUUAUGCCCAAGUCCGAAGGGAAUAGGCUACCUAAGGGAUACCACGCCUUGUUCGCCGACCUCAAGAUCGAGAAGAGGUUUGAGAAGAACUUUAUACAGGCCGUCCGAGAGUCAGGGCUUUGCCCCGGUUUGCUCUUCGUCGACACAAACGACCAGAUAGAUGGGAACUUCCACCGAAAGCCAGACAUCUGUGUCUACAAGUCGGACCAUGAAUGGGCGAAGACCAACUUCCCGCUGAUGGAGUUUCAUAUUGAGCGCAAGCCCGACUCAUACGAUCCGUUUCACGAUCCACCGCAGGACAUGAAGAGAUCGCUUCGCGAAAAAUACCCUUUCGAACACAAUACUAUCAACGGCAAUCAUUCUCGUGAACAAAUUUCCUCAUAUACAGCUUCACAAUUCAGUGUCCAAUCUCGAGCAUUCACAUUUUCUCUUCUCUUCGUCGGCAAUUUUGUUCGAUUCAUUCGUUGGGACCGAGCGGGAGCCGUGGUUACCAGCCGUAUAGAUUGGAGGGAAAAACCUUGGUACCUAGCGUCGUUCUUGUGGAGGUUCGCUCAUUCCUCUGAUAACGACCGAGGAUAUGAUACUUCGGUGUCAAUUCCGACCCAAGACGAGAUUCUGCGCACGAAAGCCGCCCUCAGGCAGCGAGCGAUAAAUGUUGCUGUGGCACAGGGCGGAAGUGAAAAGGAUAUAUUGACGUCCAUUUACUCGUCAGACGACACGUUUCGAAAAUUCCGUGUGGUCGAUGAUGGUCCGGACAGGCAAGAGCACUUUUUCGUCGCAUCUGUUCCACAGUGGUAUACGAGCAGUCCCACAGGAAGAGGAACGAAAGGGUACGAGGCACUGGAUGUUGCUACGGGGAAAAUGGUUUAUCUGAAGGAUACUUGGCGCUAUGUCGCGCUGGGAUUCGAAAAGGAGGGAGACACUUACCGAUUGCUCGAAGAGAAGAAAGUGCAAAGGAUUCCUCACCGAGUUUGCUCUGGUGAUAUCGAGGGGCAGGAGACACGCACUCACGAGUUUAUCAAGCAAAAAUGGUGCUGUCGUGUAGCUAUACAGCGCCACCAUCACUAUCGGCUAGUCCUCGGAGAUUUGGGACGCCCGUUGAGUCAGUAUACCUCUACAAAGGAGCUUUCCCAAGUGAUGCUGGACACGAUUGAAGCCCAUCAGCAAGCAUUCAAUGCCGGGGUGCUGCAUCAGGAUAUCAGCGGUGGCAACAUCCUGAUAACAGACGAUGGCCGUGGCCUCCUCAUUGACUGGGAUCUGUCUCGAAGAACGGAGCUGGCUGUGCCCGCAGCCAGGUUGAAAUCGAGGACGGGCACAUGGCAAUUCAUGGCAUGUGCUCGUCUUCUUAAUCCUGGAAACGAGACGCAUGAAUUUUGGCAUGACCUCGAGUCAUUCUUUCAUGUUUACUUAUACCACGCAAUCCUCUAUCAGGCCAGCAGGAUUCCUCAAGCUCCAGGUUUAUCUGAACGAAUUUUCCAACAAUUGGAGGAACAUUUCGACUCUUCAAGGAGUCGUAUUGAUGGUUCAGAUGAGGGGGGUCAAAGUAAAGCAGAUCUGUUCCAGCUAUCUACUAGGCGCUUUAAAGAAGGUGACCUUUCGAAGUUCCUCAACAAGACGCUACGCGGUACUAUCUUCGAUCUUCGGAACCUGUUCCUCCCUCUCUAUGUCGAACGUGACGCUCAGACGGAAAUGUUUCUGGGAUUGAUAUCUUCCGUCGAAGUGGCGCAGGAUCGUCUCAAAUCGUCGAAACCAUUGACUGAUAUAUUCAAAUCGGGGCUCGAGAACGAAAGCUGGACUAAUGACGGAAGUGAUGGUCUUUUCGGGAAACCGCCGGUCAAUAGGAAGAUCAUACGGUCCGCCAAACGAAAAGGCAAGGAUUCCGAAUUGGACAACAAGCCCAAGCAGAAGAAAUCCCGGGUAUCUCAGAAUGUGUCCGAGAUUGUCGUAUCUUCUCUUGUCCUUGGAUCCUCGAGCAUCGACGAAGAAUCAGAUAUUUUUGAUUCAUGA